AUGCAACACCACCGCAAAUAUCCAAGUGGGCGGACGCUCGUGCCCCGAAGUGAUGUUUGCGCGCAUCAAACGGCUGGUGUUGUUGGAGUCCUCUGCUUCGAGUCCGGCGUUGCCUCGGAUGACUACUACCGCGGCGCCCAACGUAGGCCACACCCACUCUUGAUCUUCAGGCGUCACACUCGGAUAUCCUUUGCGUGGAAUACCCCCAGCAAGUUCCCUUGCAAAUCUUCCAGCUCGUAUGCGUUGGUGCCGAUGGAUUUCCUUACGCGAGCUUUUAGAAAUUUCCGCGCGAAUUUCGCAUUGAACGCGCGGCUGAAAUCACUCAAUGCAAAGUUUCGCCGGUAUACCUCCUGGCCGGGCGCUAGUCUUAGCCGCCGCGCACGCCGGUUAUAGCGAACGCUACUGCGCUCAUACGCCGCAUGCAAU